CUCAUUCUGCCCCUGGACUGGUCCUCUCUCUCAACCCCAUGCACUCCACUCACAGCCUCUCACACACACAACACACACUGACACAUACGCACACACACACAUAUACACACACAUAUACACUGGGACGCUAAAACGAAGCAGGCCUGGAAAACCGGGGCGCUUCAAUUAGCGCUCCUCCGACGGAUCCCUGGCGUGGACACUUUUAAUUUUUCAUCACAGCCGGAUUUUUUUUUUCUCAUGUGGCUGUUUUGCGCAUAGCGCCCGGUCGCCGCCGCCGCUGCUGAGGUGUGUUUGCGCGCAACAUUCCGGAGAUGCAGAUUAACGCUCGGUGAAUGGGAAACACCGAUACGCAGGCACCGCUACCUUUCACGGAUCCUCACGCACCAGCUCGCCCUUCCUUCGGCGAGAUUUGCGCACCGGAGACCGGAGCCGGUGUCUGCGCUCUGCGGGGCCGGGCGCGUGUCGUCUGGGAGGAGUAGGGGAGGAUGGAGGCGUUUUUCACAGAGGGGGCCCGUGUUUGGGUCAGAGAGAAGGAGCAGCUGGUUCCCGCUACGGUCAACUCCUGUGGAGACGGAACCCUCGUCGUCACAACCGACUAUGGAGAGGUGUUGUACUUGCAGCAGGCCGAGGUCACCAGGGAGCGGGUGUACGCCAUGCACCAGUCCAGCAUCGAUGGGGUGGAGGACAUGUCGGCGCUGGCUGAGCUGCACGAGGCCGCCAUCAUGCACAACCUGUACCAGCGCUACCACAAGGAUAACAUCUAUACCAAUAUUGGCAGCAUCCUGGCAGCCGUCAACCCCUACAAGCAGAUCUCGGGCCUGUACGACCCGGAGAGGGUGGACCUGUACUCCAAGCACCACAUAGGGGAGCUCCCUCCGCACAUCUUCGCCGUGGCGAACGAAUGCUACCGCUGCAUCUGGAAACGCCACGACAGUCAGUGCGUCCUCAUCAGUGGUGAAUCCGGGGCAGGGAAGACGGAGAGCACUAAACUUUUGCUCCAGUUCCUGUCGGUGAUGAGCCAGAAAUCAGCCGGGACCGCUCCGGCGGAGAAGAGUACGCGAGUGGAGCAGGCCAUCGUACAGAGCAGUCCGAUCAUGGAGGCGUUCGGUAAUGCGAAGACUGUUUACAACAACAACUCCAGCCGCUUUGGGAAAUUCAUCCAACUCCACUUCUCCGAGGGCGGAAACAUCCAGGGAGGCUGCGUCUUUGACUAUUUACUGGAGAAGAACCGAGUGGUACGACAAAACCCUGGAGAACGAAACUACCACAUCUUCUAUGCUCUGCUGGCGGGAGCUAAAAAGGAGCAGAAAAGUCAAUACUUCCUGGAAGACCCUGCAGAAUCUUACCACUACCUCAGCCAAUCAGGAUGUCUGAAGGACAAGAGCCUGAAUGACAAAGAGCUGUUUAACAGUGUGAUGGAGGCUCUGAAGGUGUUGGAGUUCACGGAGGAGGAGAUCAGAGACAUGUUUAAGCUGUUGUCGGGAGUCUUGCAGCUGGGAAACAUCGAGUUCAUGACUGCAGGAGGGGCCCAGAUCACCACCAAGCAAGUGGUCACUAAUGCCAGCGAGCUGCUGGGCCUGGAUGCCUUCCAGCUGUCUGAAGUCCUGACUCAGCGCUCCAUAAUCCUCAGAGGAGAGGAAAUCUGCUCCCCGCUCACUAUAGAGCAGGCCGUGGAUUCCCGAGACUCCGUUGCCAUGGCGCUGUAUUCCCAGUGCUUCUCCUGGAUCAUCCUCAAGAUCAACCAGAAGAUCAAGGGGAAGGAAAACUUCAAAUCCAUCGGCAUCCUCGACAUCUUCGGCUUCGAGAACUUUGAGGUGAAUCGGUUCGAGCAGUUUAACAUCAACUACGCCAACGAGAAACUUCAGGAGUACUUCAACAAGCACAUCUUCUCCCUGGAGCAGCUCGAGUACAACAGGGAAGGUGUCCAGUGGGACGCCAUCGACUGGAUGGACAACGCGGAGUGUCUUGACCUUAUAGAGAAGAAACUGGGCUUGUUGGCGCUGGUGAAUGAAGAGAGUCGAUUCCCCAAAGGGACUGACUUCACUCUGCUGGAGAAGCUGCACAGCAGACACUCUACAAACCCCUACUACGUCAAACCCAGGCUUGCUGACCAUCAGUUUGGCAUCAAACAUUAUGCCGGGGAGGUCCUGUAUGAUGUCAGAGGGAUCCUGGAGAAGAACAGGGACACGUUCAGAGACGACAUCCUGAACAUGCUCAAGGACAGCAGGCUGGACUUUAUCUACGACCUGUUUGAGAAGGUCGGCAGCAGGAACAACGAGGAGAAGAUGGGAACCGCCCGGCGCAAACCCACCGUCAGCUCCCAGUUCAGGGACUCCCUCCACUCUCUCAUGGCCACUCUGAGUGUGUCCAACCCUUUCUUCAUCCGCUGCAUUAAGCCCAACAUGGAAAAGAAUCCAAAUGUGUUCAGCCCGGAGGUCGUCCUGAACCAGCUCAGGUAUUCCGGGAUGUUGGAGACGGUGAAGAUCCGUCGGGCCGGCUUCCCCGUCCGCAGAACUUUCAAAGACUUCUUCUCUCGAUAUAAGAUCAUUGUGAAAGAGAAAAAAACAGCAGCAGCAGCGGCUGCAGCAGCGGGAGAUGACAAGAAGAGGAGCACAGAUCUGCUUCUCAAAUACGACAAAACCAAGAAAGAGUGGCAGCUCGGAAAGACCAAGGUGUUCAUGAAAGAGUCUCUGGAGCAGCGUCUGGAGAAAGACCGGGAUGAAGUCCGACGCCAAGCUGCCAUGAUAAUUCGAGCCCACCUGCUCACUUUCUCUGCCAAGAAGCACUUCAAGCGUGUACGUGCCAGUGUGGUCACCCUCCAGAAACACCUCAGGAAGCACAUCCAGCGUACGCGGUUCGUGAAGCAGCGCAAGGCGGCGCUGGUGCUGCAGAGGCACAGGCGAGGUCAGGUGGCGCGCACUCGGGUUCGGAAACUCAGAGAGGAGAAGAAGAAGAAAAUGGAUGAGCAGAAGAAGAAAGAGGAGGAGGAGAAGAAGGUGGCGGGUGAUGGGGAGCAGGCGGCAGCAGAGGAAGGAGAUGAGACAGAGGAUAAACCAGAUGAGACCCGCAGUCUGGAGGAGAUCCUGCAGUUGGAGCGAGAGAUCGAGCGCUUGCAGAAGAAGAGGGAGGACGAGGUGUCCCAGCUGUGUGAGUCCUCCAAACAGGAGCUGCAGCUGCGCCGGGACGCUGAGCUCAAACGGAUGAAGAAGGAGGCGUCCCGUAAGGCCACAGGGCUCAUCGACCUCCUGAACUUCGGUGGCGUCGAUCCUGCACUGGGAGCAGUCGCGGCUAAACCUGCCGCGGAGGCCAAACCGCCGAAAGCCGCGGGCGCCAACAGGAGUGCGUCCAAAGAGGAGGAGGUAGAUGAAGGGUUUCACGCUGAGGAUGAGUGCAUCCCUCUCCCUGACUUCCCUCCACCUGCUGAGACGGACGCUCCUCUGGAUCAGGAGAUAUUCGCUCACCUCCCUCCACCUCCGCCUGCUUUUGCAGAGGGCACCGUGCCUCCUGCACCACCUCCCCCACCUCCUCUGCCUGCAGACGGCGUGAUCGCUGAAGGAAUUCCUCCCCCUCCUCCUCUCCCUCCACCUGGAGAUGGCUCCGCCGUGCCUCCUCCUCCCCCACCUCCUCCACCACCUCCAGCUCCCCCAGGAGAGGAGGAGAAGAAGGAGGGAGCCAAGGCAGAGACGGAGAGGAAGGUGAGCAUGGUGGAGAGCCUGGUGGACGGGGAGGAGCCCAUCUACAGCAUGCCGGCCGACACAGAGUCGGAUUACGACCAGGAGGAGGAGGAGGGGUCCGUCAACGCCGGAGACGACAGCUCUGUGUCGGGGAGCAACCGAGGGAGCGCCACCGUGACGGACGAGGAGCACCUGAGGAAGUCGACCUGCACCAACGCCAGCAUCGAGUCCUACAGAGGCAGCUCUGACUCUUAUGCAGACAGUGACGAUGAACAUGACGGCUUGAUGGACACCGAUGAAGAAGUGCAUAAUGGCAGAGUGACCUUGCUCAACGGAAAUGGGCCGCCAUAUUUCCACGGCUACCUCUACAUGAAGGCUGGUCUGAUGAUACCAUGGAGGAGGCGUUGGUGCGUGUUGAAGGACGAAACCUUCAUGUGGUUCCGGUCCAAACAAGAGUCCCUCAAGUCCGGCUGGCUCUACAAGAAGGGGGGAGGCCUCUCCACCCUCUCACGGAGGUUGAACUGGAAGAUGCGCUGGUUUGUGCUGAGGGACAGCAAGCUGAUGUACUACGACAACGACAGCGAGGAGAAGCUGAAGGGAACCAUCGACAUCCGGGCUGCCAAGGAGAUCGUGGAUAAUCACGAAAAGGAGAACGCUCUGAACAUUGUGACAGACGAGAGGACUUAUCAGGUGUUUGCUGAGUCACCAGAGGAUGCAAGCGGGUGGUUUAAAAUGCUCAGUAAGGUGCGUGUGUGCACACCUGAGCAGCUGCUGGAGAUGUCCCACGAACAGGCCAACCCGAAGAACGCCGUGGGAACUCUUGACGUGGGGCUGAUCGACUCUGUUUGUGCUUCAGACAACCCUGAUCGGCCGAACUCCUUUGUCAUCAUCACGGCCAACCGUGUGAUCCACUGCAACAGUGACACACCAGAGGAGAUGCAUCACUGGAUCAGUCUGCUGCAGAAACCAAAAGGAGACGCCAGGAUAGACGGCCAGGAGUUCCUUGUCAGGGGCUGGCUCCAAAAGGAGAUGAAGACGAACGCGAAGAGCACCUCGCUGAAGCUGAAGAAGCGCUGGUUCGUUCUGACCCACAACUCUCUGGAUUACUACAAGAGCUCUGAGAAGAACUCCUCCAAGAUGGGAACUCUGGUCCUCAACUCCCUCUGCUCCAUCAUUCAGCCGGACGAGCGAGUGCACAGGGAGACAGGUUACUGGAACAUCAUGGUUUACGGGAGGAAGCAUUCGUACCGCCUCUACACGAAGAUGCUCAACGAGGCCAUGAGGUGGACGGCUGCCAUUCAGGGAGUCAUAGACAGCAAGACCCCCAUCGAGACUCCGACUCUGCAGCUCAUCAGAGACAUCAAGGAGAACAGUGUGAACCCAGACAUCGUGGAGCAAAUGUACAGGAGGAACCCCAUCCUCAGAUACACUCAGCAUCCUCUGCACGCCCCCCUGCUGCCGCUCCCUUAUGGAGAGGUCACCAGCUUACAAAGGCAGCAGGGCUAUGCCAGUCUGCAGGAUGAGGCGGUGCGAGUUUUCAACUCACUGCAGGAGAUGGAGACUCUGGCAGACACAGUGCCCAUCAUCCAGGGCAUCCUGCAGACCUGCCAGGACCUGCGCCCUCUCAGGGAUGAGGUAUACUGUCAGGUGAUCAAGCAGACCAAUCAUGUGCCUCAGCCUAACAGCCCAGCCAAUCGGGCACACUGGCAUCUGCUCACCUGCAUGAGUUGCACCUUCCUGCCCAGUCGAGCCAUCCUCAGAUACCUCCGCUUCCACCUCAAGAGGGUGCGUGAGCGCUACCCAGGCACAGAUAUCGAGCGCUACGCCAGCUUCAUCGGGGAAUCCUUGAAGAAGACCAAGAGUCGUGAGUUUGUUCCCUCCCAGGAGGAGAUCGCCGCCCUGCUGGUUAGACAGGAGAUGAGCACCACCGUGUACUGCCACGGAGGAGGCUCCUGCAAGAUCUCCAUCAAUUCACACACCACAGCUGGAGAGGUUGUGGAGAAGCUGAUCAGAGGUUUGGCCAUGGAGGAGAGCAAGAACCUGUUUUCUCUGUUCGAACAUAAUUCCUUCACAGAUCGAGCUUUGGAGAGCAGAGUGAUUGUGGCAGACGUCCUGGCCAAGUUUGAAAGACUGGCGGGCAGCGAGGAAGAGGAGGAGGAAGGGGAAUGGAAACUCUACUUCAAGCUCUACUGCUUCUUGGAUGUGGAAAGCAUGCCAAAGGAGGGAGUGGAGUUUGCUUUCAUGUUUGAGCAGGCCCACGAAUCUCUGAUAAGCGGUCACUUCCCGGGCUCAGAAGAGACUUUGCAGCACUUGGCCGCUCUGCGCCUCCAGUAUCUCCAUGGUGACGGGGCAGGUCGGGCCGGCUGGAGCCUCGGAACCGUAUAUCCAAUCGGACGCCUCCGCAAUCGCAUCCUCCACUCCACCAAGCCGGGCGUGGGGGCAGCAGGUGGGGCUGGAGGAGCCGGAGGGGGAGGACCGGGAGAAGGGAAGGGCACCGUAGUGUCACAGGGAGGCGUCCCGGUCGGGGUGGAGAAACGAAAGACUCCGAGCUUCCUGGAUGGCACCCUGAGGAGAAGCUUCAAGACGGGGUCACUGAAGAAGCAGAAGGUGGAGGAGGAGCAGAUGCUGGAGAUGUGGGUGAAGGAGGAGACGUCGGCCACAAGGACCAGUGUUCUGGAGAAGUGGACCCGGCUGCAGGGCAUGCCUCAGCAUCAGGCCAUGCUUAACUACAUGAGCAUCAUCAAGGAGUGGCCUGGAUAUGGAUCAACUCUUUUCGAUGUGGAGUGUAAGGAGGGAGGUUUCCCUCACGAUCUGUGGCUGAGUGUGAGCGCUGACAACGUGUCAGUGUAUAAACGAGGCGAGCCCAAGCCGCUGGAGACCUUCCAGUACGAACACAUCACCUUUUUCGGGGCUUCACAGCUCUGCACCUACAAGAUCAUCGUGGAUGAGAGGGAAAUGUUCUUUGAGACACCGCUGGUUGGGGAGAUCACCAAGAUCAUGAGGGCCUACAUCAACAUGAUGGUGAAGAAACGCUGCAGCAUCAUGUCAGUGACCAGCGUCGCCAGUUCCUGGGUCAGGUGAUCGCCACCAACCAGCCGGAGCCUUCGGUUCAUCCAGUGGUAACAGAUGCCUCGGCCCUUCUGCAUCGGUCGGUCGGUUUUGAAGGAGGCAGUCGCACCAAAUCCUCAAGGUUGAAUCAAAAGGGUGGUGGUGGUGGAUGAGCACCUAUGAUUGAACGAGGGAAAAGAUAGAAGCAGGAUAGAAGUGGACACAGGAGCCAAACGCACACUCUACUGGCCUGGGUUUCACUCUGGAUAUGGGGACAAGGGAUCUAUUUACAAAAAUAAGCAUGACAAAGAAAAACAACCUGUAUUUUGGGACGGUCCUUUCAAACACACAUAACCCCCCCACCCCCACCCCCACCCCCCCCACACAGUCUUAGUCCUGCAUGUAGAUGUUCAAGCACACUCGAAAACUUCCGUUUUUCCUUUUCCGGACAAAACUCCGUAAUACAAGCACAACUCAGCCGCCCAGUCCCAGUCUGUCCCAGUCUGUCCCAGGCCGAGACAGACACCCUCGCCCCCCAGUGCACUGCCAGACAGAAGAAAAGCCACACUUUCUCAGUUAAAUCACCCUUUCUCACUCCUCCAGUUUCAGACUCUCUCUCUCUCUCUCUCUCUCUCUCUUUCUCUUCACGUGACCUCACUCCCGUCGCAUCUUUGUUUGGUAUUAAGUUAUAGCGCUGAAUUCUUGUUUCUUGCUUGCUUUCUCUCUGUUGUAUCUGUAACGUCGGCUGUUAUCGCAUCUGCUCGUGACUGAGAAAAAGGACUCGAUGAUGAUUCUUCUUCAGGGGCUGCUAAGAAAAAGGGGGGGGUGAACUCCCACCUGCCCACUCGCCCAGCACAGUGUUCACUUGCUCACUCGUCAGUGCCACCGUGUGGCCACAAGAAGAAGACAGCCAAAGGAAGUGGCUUUAAAUAUUUGUGAACACCGUCAAGAUUCUUGAGAAGAAAGAGGAGAGGGUUUUCGCUUCGGAGGCUCUCUGGUCGUGGAGAGUCUGUGCAUGGCUCGACGAGGAGGAACAUUAACCAGAAUAGUAUGAGACAAAACAUUUCCCCUAUCUGUGUCUGCGUAUAAAAACACUAUCUACUGUAUAUUCACAUCCACAUAGACCGAACCGACAUGUAUCAUUUUGUACUGUAUAUCACACAUUAUAAGAGUUAUUGAAUUUUCUCGGUGGCCACUGCACUGUACAGUAGAUGCCAUACUAAAUGCAAUGUGACACCUCGUGUAAAAUACAUGCAAAGUGAAUGGUGUGUGUCUGAAUAUGAUGCCAAUACUGUACAUCCUUCACUGGCUGUGCCAUUUAGUGUGACUCACAGAGAAGUAAGGAUUAAUAGCAAAAAAAAAAAAAAACACCAUAAUGACACUGGUUGCCACAGUGUUUUUGAUGAAUUUUAUCAUUGUUAUUAUCUCGUAAUUGGAGCCAUGAAAUACUGUAUAUCCCUGUCUGCUCAUGAUAUUAUCACUUUUUUUUCUUUACUAAGAUCAGUGACUCUAAAAAUAACGCAUAAGAGCUCCGGUUUUGUCUGUGUUUCUGAACUGUUUAUGAUCUUUUAUUACCGGUAUUAUUACUGUACGCCCUCUGCUAUCUUAACCACCCCAAAGUGCUGUGUCUGGAAUGCUGCUGUGUGUGUGUCUGAGUGUAUGUGUGUGUGUGUGUGUGUGUGCGUGUGUGUGUGUGAGCGUAUUCAUGGUGUAUUUAAUAGCUGGAAAAGAAAAGGGAAACGAGAAAAGAGAUUUUACUGAGUGUAUUCCCCGGAAAUGAGACGUAUUUACAUGACUAACCUAAGAAUGGUGUCGUGAUUGUGAGUUUAAGGGAAAAGCAUGGGACAUGGAGGGAGGGUUUUCAGGGGUUAUUUAUUUCUUAUUGAACUGUAUGUAUUGCAAGGUGUGUUUUGGAAGGAUAAUGUAUAAAAAAUAUAUAUAUAAUGGAUUUUUUUUGCAGUGUAAGAGGAGCAGAUGUGACACUGUGAGGAUACGGGCUUGGAUAAGGUUUAAUUGUGCACUAAGAAUGCUGACAGUCACAUCACUGCUUUGUGUGCGUGCGUGCAUGUGUGUGUUUACGGACUGAAGGUGAAGUCACUGUUUUGUCAAUAUCACCUGACUCUGUGGCACCCCAGGUAGAUGGCAGCACCUCUCAUGUAUAACAACUCCAUAUCAGGGGGGGAUAUGAAAAAUGACCCAAUAAAGCUUGUUGUGGGGUUUUGAGUUUAGUUAUUUUCUGUUUUAAUUUGGAGGUUUUAUCCUCACUUGGCAUGUGUCUUUUACACUUCCUGUCUUUGUUUGCUUCCCACCUUUUUUUUGAUUGCCUCUGUUUGUUUCCCCUCCCUGUUUGCCAGAACUUUUUUUACUCAUCAUGUGUCUUCAGUGUUCCCUGUGCCUUUUGGGUUUGUUCUGAGUUGACUUUUUGUAUUUUUACAACACGUUAUACGUUACUGAAGCUCGCCUUUUGUUUUUUUCAAUCUGUCUGUCUUGGUGUCUUGCGUUUUCUAAUCAUCGCAGUACGAACCAACCAAAUAUGGACCCAGCAGAUUCUUCCUUUGAGGAUGAAACCUUCAAAAUAAAACGGAAUAACUGGACUAAAAACCCAAAACCAGAACAACUGCGUCAAUGAUAAUCUCAAUAUUUGCUUGCCAGGCUGCUUAUUGUUGAACUUAUCUCCGGGUUAAGUUGUUUGUUGUCUAUCUGGAGUGCCACUUACAGGGCCGAAGCCAGGAUUUUAGAAAUACUGAGGUCAAUGGCACCAAAAGAGAUGUUACGAAAUUCCACUUCUUUCUGCACAGUUAUAUGGUCUUAAGAUUGAACUUCCCAGCAUGGUCCAAAUGCUGUUUCAAAACCUCCCCACAUCACAAGAAUAAUAUUUCGGUGAGAAUAUGGCAAAUGAUGUAUUAAGUAUUCAAAUCUGAAUAUAUUUUUUAAAAAGCUACCAAGGACAUGACCUCAGUGUCUUCCAUCAUGGCUCCGACCGAUGCUGCAUACACACAGCCCACUGGGAUCCUGCCUAUAGAGUUAGAAUAAGCAGAACUCGUUCACAGGUUCCACUUUGAACUUUUGGUUAUUUUGGUUUUGGCUGAGACCAGAGAAAGUAACCCAUAAGCCAUAAUUAAUAAGGAACCCUAUGCUGUCUGUUCUAAUUAUUCUAUAUCUAUGGUCCUGUCUGUCACUGAUAUUACACUGAGUAGGAAGAAGUUGCCCUAGAGUUGCUGAAAUGCGAUCAGUGCAUUUGCUAAGGAGAACGACAAAUUCAAGUUUGCGGUAUCUGAUCACAGAUCUGUUUCCAAGGGCAACUUCAUCACAAAGGGUCCUGUUAUCAGCCGCAGGCGGCCAGAGUGGGGCCCGUUCUUAUCUUAUGUUAUGCUUAUUAUCAUCGUUACAUAGUAGAACAUAUUGUGCUUGUUAAAAAAAAAGAGAAAGAGAGAGAUAUGUGUGUUGUUCUUUUUUUUUUUAUUUGUAACUGGCUUUACAAAAUUAUGCUUUAAUAAAUUAUUGGAAUUAUUGUCCUCGA